UAAUAAUGAAUUAAUUUCUUUAUUUUUUUCUAUAAUGCAUCUCCAGGACCUAAGUUACACAUAACGCGAAUGGUUCUCUACUGCAGCAGGAAGGUGGAAUAACAUAGUAUAGGACAUAAUACUAUGAAAAUUACUAAAAUAAACUAGGCGGGCCGUAUCUAUAUCAGUUGAUAGACUUAUCUUUAAUGCUGCAGAACUGAGUCUAUUAGCCAAAAAUAACAAUAUUCACGUAUCAACCGAAAACGAUGAUAAGUUAAUCUUUUUUAGGAUGUUUUAAAAAAGCUAGCUGAUAUAGAUAAGAUUCUAUUUCUAUGUAUUGAAUCUCAAAACCAAUCAAAGGAUAAAGGCGAAGCGCAACUAAAUCAAGUACUUCUAUUGAAAACAACAAUGGAAUUAGUACCGAAACUUGUUGAGGCGUUGCAGCCUGCUGAAAGUGGACGCUUGCGCAAAAUGAAAAUAGAUUUCGAAAACCCACAAUACACCGAGAUAGCUGAAAUAAUUCGCAACGUAAUACUGGAUGACGUUCACUACGAAAAGGGCAUUAUGGGCAGUCUGCAGCGAUGUUUCGCAGUCAAGCCACAGAUCAACGGGCUCCUGGAUGUGGCCAGGAGAACAUACUCAGAACUCAUAGAGGAUAUACAGAAGAAUGUCGAACAGCUUGGUGAAUCAUUUGAAUUGCCGCUACGAUUAAAUCAAAACGUACUCAAAGGCUUUCACAUUGUGUUGCCAAUUCCUAAAAACAGGAGGGAUUUUAAUGUAGAAGAUCUUCCACCAAUAUUUAUUCAGGUCGUCCACAAGGGAGCUAGUGUGACAAUGACCACAGAAGAAUUAGUUGUACUUGACCAACAGGCUAAAGAGGCGCUCAAUGAAAUACAAAAAAUGAGUAACAUAGUGAUAGCAGUAUUACUGCGAGACUUACGACCAUUUAUGCCAAGUCUAUACAAACUGUGUGAAAACGUCGCCGAAUUGGACAUCUUGAUUGCUUUGGCUCAGAUAAGUACAGUUGGAUCUUAUGUUCGGCCUGAAUUCAGUGACUACAUGGAAAUUAGAAACAGUGUUCACCCUUUGUUGGACUAUAAUUGCCAAGUCAUGCCUGUACCUAACGAUAUUUUUGCUACUCCCGAGCACAAUUUUACACUUAUUACUGGUCCGAAUAUGGGAGGGAAAAGUAUUUAUAUCAAGCAGAUAGCGAUAAUGCAAGUCAUGGCACAAUUAGGGUGUUUCUUGCCAGCAACAAGUGCUGUGCUAAGGUUGACCGAUCGUAUCUUCUCAAGAAUCGGCUUCAAUGAUAGUGUUGAACUAAAUGCAUCUACUUUCGUGGUUGAGAUGAAAGAAGUACAACAUAUUCUGCAAGGAUUAACACCAUCCAGUCUUGUCAUUAUAGACGAAUUGUGCAGGGGAACGUGUGUAGAGGAAGGAACCAGUAUAGCGUGGGCAAUAUGUGAAGAAUUGUUACUGAGCGAUGCGUUCACGUUCUUCACAACACAUUUUAUGUGUCUGACUAGGCUGCAAGAUUUGUAUUACAACGUCAUCAAUAGACACACAACUGUCACUGAGGAAAAUUCUGGAGAUGUGCACAAAAGACUUAUCUACCAACAUAAGAUUGAACUGGGGAUCACAAAUAUUGAGCACUAUGGUCUCGCUUUAGCAGCCAAAACUAAUUUGCCUGUUGAAACUGUCCACCUUGCAAGAGAAUUAGCAGAUUUUAUUACUAAGAAUAGAAAGCCUCAACAUCAGGAAGCUAAAAAUGUAUCAGAUGAUUAUAUUUUAUACCAAUUAAAUGCAAAAAUUAAACAAGAAAUGCGUCGUAAUCAUAAUUACGAAGAGGCAAUCAAUAUUAUAAUAAAUCGGUUCGCACAGGAAAAUCCAGCUCUCAUACGAAAACUCCGCAAAGAAAACAGCUCUACAAGCACGGAUUUCAAUGAAAAUAAUACUAAUACACCAGAAAACGCUACGGAGGUCAAAACUAGUGAAAUUUUAAGUGAAACUAAUCAAUCUAAUAAUAAUUCAAAGUCUGCCAAAGUUUGUGUAAUUAAUGCUGAAAGCGGUAUGGAAAUUAUGAAUAACAUAGAAUCUGAAAAUAGUUUUACUAGGGAAGAUUUCACUGAAAACCCUGAAGGAAUGGGUGGUGACAAUAAAUCAAAUGUAAAGACUUCAACAGAUAUGCUGUGCACUAUUGAUAAUGAAGCAGAAAACUUAUUUUCCAGGGCUACUAAUCAAAAUAAUUCUGAUCAAAGUAAACUCUCAUACGAGACCAAUCAUGCUCAAACUGGGCAUAAUAAAGCUUUUGAGAGUGAUAAUAUUGUAAUUGAUGAUAAUAUAAAUGGUUUCAUGGGCUCUGCACCAGAUAGAAAUGAAACUGAUAAUAAAAACGCUAACACAAGUUGUGACAGUAGUUCAAGUUUGGCAGAAGCGUUAACGCAGAUUAUCUAUUCCAGUAAUUCAGAUUCCGAUAAAAGCGUCGACUUUAUAUCAACCGAUGAAGAACUCGUGGAUGAAACAAUACGAGAACUAAAUAUCUUUACGACGGAACUAACAGAAUUGCAAAACAUUAUUCUAACUCCGCCCAUUGGUUUCAGAGACACGUAAUUAAAUAUAAGUAUGUCAUUGAUAAGUUUUACUAAUAAA